AACUAAGACCACAAUUAGAGACCUCGACUUUCAUUCACAAAGAAUUCAAACAACCAAGAUGGAUGCCCUCUAGCGACAUAAGAAUUUAUCAGUCCAUACUUGUUGACACUUUGAGCAAUGAGUGACGACCCUUUAUUGGCUUCUCUCGUCACCACCUUUAGUUUCCAGUUUGUGAUCCCUUCCAGCUCCUUUUCCAUAACAGAAGUUUGGUAUAGGAAGGAGGGCCACGCUCGAGGACGUUGAAGUGCUCCAAAUAAAUCUGCAAACUCUCCUGCAAAGAUGAUAUUAGAUUGUCUCUGGCUUCUCAUACUUUCAAAGGCCCAUAAAACAACCACCAGCUUUGCAUCCUCUCUAUUCUUUAUUCCAGAGAAAGCUCUCCUACUAUGGCAAAGGACCACACCUCUGUCAUUUCUCAAAACCCAAGCUCCUCCCACACAUUCCUUUUCACUGGAAAAAUCCAUUCCCACGUUACACAUCACCCAGUCUGAUUCUGGCGGGUUCCAUUUACGGUGAAGAGAGGUUCCCGUGGUUUUUUCUGCUUUUGCCCACUCAGCGUCAGUUUCUUGAGCCACAUACCAUUCAUCGGAGUCUCUCACCGCUUUGAUUACCAGUUCCUCCGCAGAUAGGCAUCUCCCUUCAAAUGCCAUCUCGUUCCUUCUCUUCCAAAGAUUCCACAGGAUCCAGGGCCAUACCCUCUUAUCUUCCUCCCGCAGGUUAGUAUUUCCAUUAAGAUUGAGAAGAAAAUUCAUGUUUGUAAAAACAGAGUCUUCAGAAAAACCUCCAUUGCGUUGAGGAAUGGGUGAGACUGCCCAUACUAAUCUAGCAAAGGUGCAUUCAAAUAAUGCAUGAUUUAUCGAUUCUGUCUCAUUUCCACAGGUUUGACAACGAUUGUCAAUCUUCAUUCCUCUUGCCCUGAUCAAGUCUGCCACCGGAAGUGCAUUGCUCAAAGCUUUCCAUAAGAAAACUCUAACCUUUGGAACUGUUUUAACUUUCCAAACUUUCUCCUUAAGCACAUUGGUGGAGGGUUCUCUAAAGGCUUCUGGGUUCUGCUCUCUUGUUUUUAAAGAGGAAGCAAGCCAGUAGGCCGAUUUCACCGUUAGUUCCCCACUUUUGUUGAAUUUCCAUGUGAAGAAAUCCUGUCUUGCAGCCACAGGUUGGUUCCUCAUGAUCAUCUGAACAUCACAGGACACAAAGACUUCCUCCAAGCCCGCUUCAUUCCACUUUUUUGUCUCUGGAUCAAUGAGUGAGCUUGCCAUCAAGUUUACAUCAAAACGAAGGUUUUUAAACCAUGGAGCUCUGAGUCCUUCCACUGGAUCAUCUAUCCAUUUGUCCAGCCAUACUCUUGUAUUUUUGCCAUCUCCCACUCUGUGUCUCAGGCCUUUUUGGAGCAAUUCUCUCCCAAACAAAAGACUCCUCCAUGCAAAGGAUGGUCUCUCUCCCAUUGAAGCCGAAAGAAAAUCUCCAUCCUUAAAAUAUCUACUCUGUAAGAAAGUUGACAGUAAGGAGUGGGGUUGGUUAAGAAUUUUCCAAGCUUGUUUGGCUAACAAAGCCUGAUUAAAACAUUCCAAAUCUCUAAAACCAACACCCCCAAGCUUCUUAGGUAGACACAUCUUAUCCCAUGAGACCCAAUGAAUCUUUUUCUUAUGAGCAUCCGAGCCCCACCAGAAGUCUGCAUAAACACUUAUCAAGCUUGAUAUCAAUUUUUUUGGAAGCCGGAAUGCAGACAUUGCAAAAACCGGUAUCCCUCCCGCUGAAGACUUCAGCAAGACCUCCUUUCCUCCUUGAGAUAAAUGUCGCAAAUACCAUCCUUCUAGCCUUCCUUGAGUUUUAUCUUUGAUGUAUGACAGCAUCUCAAUUUUUGAACCCGAGAAACACUCCGGAAGACCUAGGUAUUUGCUUGCUCCUCCCUCAUUCAUAAUCCCCAAGAUGUUCUUUAUCUCUGAGCAAACUUCCUCCGCAACCCUCACCCCAAAAGAUAUGGAAGAUUUUUGUAGGUUUAUACUCUGUCCCGUCGCCGCUCCAUAAAACUGCAGGAUUCUAUGGAGAGUCGAGGCCUGAUCUUGUGUAGCUUUGCACAUAAACAAGCUAUCAUCUGCAAACAAAAGAUGGUGUAUUGCCGGGCCUUCUUCCGAAAAUUGCAGACCAUUAAAGAGUCCAUUUCUUUCUACCACAUUGAGCAAGUGGGUGAGUCCUUCAGUGCAUAGCACAAAUAGAAAUGGAGAUAAUGGAUCUCCUUGUCUCAAGCCUCUUUGUGGAGUGAUCAAACCAAAAGGUUGGUCAUUCAUCAGUACUGCAAAUGUGACUGAGGUUACACACAUCAUCACCAUCUCUACCCACUUCGGGUCAAAGCCCAAUGCUGUCAUGAGAUUCCUUAAAUAGCUCCAUUCAACACGAUCGUAAGCCUUGGACAUGUCCGUUUUGACCGCCAUGAACUCUUUCGAGACAGAUGGAUGGACUUUCAGUGCGUGUACAGCCUCGUGAGCGAUGACGAUGUUAUCUGCAAUGUUCCUCUCACUCACAAAUGCCGAUUGGUUCACAGACACCAAGGAGUUCAGGAAAGGUUGGAGCCUCUUCACCAAGAUCUUCGAAACGGCUUUGUAUAAUACCGAGCAUAAGCUUAUCGGCCUCAAAUCAGUCAUGUUCUCAGUGUUUGGAAUCUUUGGGAUCAGACACAAGUAUGUGAAGUUCCAAUCCUUCGGUAAAACCCCUGUCUCAAAGACCUCCUGUAUCUCUUUCGUUACUUGAUCGCCAAUAAUUUCCCAAUACUUCUGAAAGAAGGCUCCUGUCAUACCAUCCGGGCCAGGCGCACUGUCGGCGUUGAUGGAAAAAAAAGCUUCUCUAAUUUCUUCUUUAGAAACUCUUCUUGUAAGAUCAGAGUUCAUUGCCUCAGAAACCUUAGGCGAGAAACGUGCUCUCUAGAAUCCCCUUGUGGGUUUAAGUUGUUCACUGUGGGUCCAGUAAAACAUUAAAUCGAGGAGUGAGUUAAGCAAAUUUCACACGUUAUCUUUCAGAAAGUUCAGUACUUUUAUAUUUUAUUCCUAUAUUCUGCUGUGAGAGUACAAGAUAUUAAGUGUUUUUCUACCUACUCGUUCUUCCUCUUUGAAGACGUUGGUUGAACAUUAAAGUUAGAUCUGAGAUUUCUGUGUUUUUAUACCGAAAAAUUCAAGAUGUCUGCUGCAAUGGACAGAGCUCUUAUGGCUCUAUCACUGGAAGAUGAAGAAGAAGAAGUACCGUUCACUAUGCCGGAGCUACCUGGGUUUAGUUCGGCAGAAGAAAAUGCUCUCAGUCUCAUAGGAAGAACCCUCUACCCUGAACGUCAAAAAAUGUCAGGUCUCAUCCUUACCAUGCCUCGCAAAUGGCAAAAAGAAGGAAAAGUCAGGGGAGUGGCGCUGUCAGAUGAAAAGUUUCAGUUCAUCUUCAAAACUGAACAUGACUUGCUUGAUGUUCUCGACAAAGGAGUUCACACCUACCAGGACUGGGUUAUAGUGGUGGAGAGGUGGGUUGAGAAUCCGCCGGAUGAUUAUCUCCAAUAUAUUCCUCUGUGGGUUCAGAUAAGCAAGAUCCCGGUUAACUACUACACGGUGCCGGCUCUGUUUUCUUUGGGGGAAAUGCUAGGGGAAGUGAAGGUGGUGGCUUUCGAUCCAUCAAAGCCUAUUACUCAACCUUCAUCAGAGUUCAAGUCCGUUUCAAUGUAGCCAAUCCUCUGAAAAUGGCUAGAGUCUUGAACAUGGGGGGUGGUAAAACUCAUACUAUCCACUUUGACUAUGAAAAAAUCCAGAAACGCUGCUACACCUGCAGGAGGAUGAAUCAUGAAAAGGCAAACUGUCCUUGGGAGGUGAAGAAGAGACAAGAGGCUGCAAGUGCUAGAAGGGAAAAAAUUAUCACUGAGAAGAGUAAAGCGGCACCAGUGCUUAAGCAAAACGAUCCUCUCUUUGGAGUCCUUGAAGAGGAACAGGUGGGCAUCAAUACAUCAACUGGUAGACCUAGAAUUGCGGAGGAAGUGCUUGAAGAGAUGAGAAGGUUCCUGCUAGCAGACACAGGUGAAGCACUUGCAAUUAAGAUUGACAAGGUGAAGAAGUCUGUUGCUGAAACAGAAAGGGAUCCUAUUCUUCAGAGGACUGUUUUGAGAUUGGAAGCUGCACCUUUACUCACAACAGAUCUUAACAAAGGGAAGGGUCCGGUUUUUGACUAUGGUGAGAAGGAGAUAGAAAGAUGCAACUGGGACCUGAAUGUCAACCCAAACAAGUUUAUGGCGGCCUCAAUGAAAGCUAAUAGACCCAUGCUGGCUCUCACUGCUCCUAUGGCCAGCGACAAAGUAUUUUCUGAGGAAGCUGAGAGUGACUUCAGGGGCACGUUUUCUGUCAAUGAAGAAGGAAGAAAGAUUCACAUUCGCAAGGAAAACAAGAUCAGCGUAAGAGUCAGCCGUUCACCUCCUGCCAAAAGCAGAAAUUGCUGCAAUGAUUAAAAGAAAAUCUGCACAAUAUUCCCAAAAUGAUCAGAGCUUAAAUACGUAAAGAGUAUUUGCUAAUUUGUACAAGUUUCAGGGGUAAAACGUAGUUGUUAAAACUCAAAGGCAUGUUUUCAACCUUCCAAUUUUUUUUUUUUGUUUCUCCUCCUGUAACAAACUCUUAUUCACUCCGCCUUGUUAUCA